UUCUUUUCUUUUUUCAAAAGUUUGCAUCUAUUUUUUUUAUUCAAGCAUGCAAAGAUUGAAACUUUUUGGGGAUUUUGAGAUAAUUUGUGUGUAUUGGCUUCUGGGUUGUGUUGGAUCUAUUGAAGCUUUGAUUUUUGUAUCCGGUUUGGUUUGUCAUAUUUUUUUGGAGGGGUAAUGUUUAAUUCCACUGAAGUUCGAGAGUAAGAAUAAUUUAUUCUUGUCUAACAAAUGGCUUCUGCGGGGGUGGCACCUACCUCGGGUUUGAGAGAAGCUGGUGUCCAUGAUGCUGGCGUGGAUAAGUUACCUGAGGAAAUGAAUGACAUGAAAAUUAGGGAUGAAAAAGACAUGGAGGCAACAGUAGUGGAUGGUAAUGGUACAGAGACAGGUCAUAUUAUAGUAACAACAAUUGGUGGUCGAAAUGGCCAGCCAAAGCAGACAAUAAGUUACAUGGCUGAGCGUGUUGUUGGGAAUGGUUCAUUUGGAGUUGUUUUCCAGGCAAAAUGCUUAGAGACCAGUGAAACUGUUGCUAUAAAGAAAGUUCUUCAAGAUAAGAGGUACAAGAACCGUGAGCUGCAAACCAUGCGUCUCCUUGACCACCCGAAUGUUGUCUCCUUGAAGCAUUGCUUCUUUUCAACAACUGAGAAAGAUGAGCUUUAUCUUAAUCUGGUUCUUGAGUACGUCCCUGAAACUGUUCAUCGUGUGAUUAAACAUUACCGCAAGUUGAAUCAGAAGAUGCCACUAAUAUAUGUCAAGCUCUAUACAUAUCAGAUAUUUAGGGCAUUGUCAUACAUCCAUCGUGCUAUUGGGGUGUGUCAUCGUGACAUUAAACCUCAAAACCUUUUGGUGAAUCCUCAUACACAUCAGGUUAAAUUAUGUGAUUUUGGCAGUGCUAAAGUCUUGGUUAAAGGGGAGCCAAAUAUAUCUUAUAUCUGUUCUAGGUAUUACAGAGCACCUGAACUUAUAUUUGGAGCAACUGAAUACACCACAGCUAUUGACAUCUGGUCUGCUGGCUGUGUCCUUGCUGAGCUAUUGCUUGGACAGCCUCUAUUUCCUGGUGAGAGUGGAGUCGACCAGCUUGUUGAGAUUAUCAAGGUUUUGGGCACUCCAACAAGGGAGGAAAUUAAGUGCAUGAACCCAAAUUAUACGGAGUACAAAUUCCCGCAGAUUAAGGCUCAUCCUUGGCACAAGAUAUUCCACAAGCGCAUGCCUCCAGAAGCAGUUGAUCUGGUUUCAAGAUUACUGCAAUACUCCCCUAACUUACGGUGCACAGCUCUGGAUGCCUUGAUGCAUCCCUUUUUUGACGAGCUCCGUGACCAAAACACCCGCUUGCCAAACGGGCGUUUCCUUCCACCAUUAUUUAACUUCAAAUCUCAUGAAUUGAAGGGGGUGUCAGUUGAGACGCUGGUCAAAUUGGUACCCGAGCAUGCAAGAAAACAAUGUGCCUUUCUUGGUUUGUGAUUUUAAUGUCACAAACUCAGCAAGUGUUGUCCCAAUCUGGAAAGCUAUGAUUGUUCUCUCGUAUCUAUGCUGCUUGGUUCCCUGUGCAUCGUUGUUGUAUCCCAUUUAUCUUAUGUAAACGCAGAUUUAGAGACAAUGGUACUUGAUGUUUGCCCUAGCCUCCAUUGGCGGUCUGAUUACUCUGUGUACCUUGUAAUGUUACUAACAGCUAAAGAUCAAAUGUGAUUUAUAGUCUUUUUUGUUAUUUUUU